AUGGGUGAGAAUCGGAAGGUUUUACUACGAGGAGGAAACAAACUCAAGAAAUUCAAUUAUGAAGACACUUUAAUUGUGGUUUAGAAGGGAUUUCUGUAAACUGGACUUUUCCAUUUUUUUCAUUUAAUAAUUAUAUUUUGAGGAAUUGGGAAGGUUUUCGUCCACGGCGACUUCUGGGCGGCCAAUUUCCUCUGGAACGACGACACUCUCGUGAAGAUUGUCGACUUCCAGGUCAGUUUCAUCGACCGCGACGCGACAUGCAACGCCGCUUCAGAUGUCCCAUUUCGGAUUGGCUGCAACCGACUUGACCCGGCUUUUCAACACUUGUCUCAGUCCUGCGGAUCGGAGAGCCAAGUGGCAAACGUAUUUGAAGGUACUGAAAUCGUAAGAAAAUGAGCGGAAUAAUUUAUUUUCCAGUUCUACCACGAUCAACUGACUAAGGAGUUCCAAGGACACAAAAUUCCGUUUACCUAUCAACAGCUCGAAAAAACUUACAAAUUGGUCUAUCCGAGAACUUCGGCUUUGCUUCUACCCGCCCUUUUGGCAACGCUUCAAGUUAUCAGACCCUAAUCGAGUCAUAACUUUUUUCAAUUUUUCAGACGUUGACCAAGUCCGAAGCAGCGGAAGAACAGAAGACUGUUACGGCGAAGCUGAUUUUAGAGAAAAUUGUCGGGAUCUACGUCGAUAUACUCGCAUGA